UCUCACUCCCUCUUUUCCUUCUUGUCUCCUUUUUUCCCUUAAUUAAUCUUCCUCAUAGUUGUCUUCUUUUCUACUUCGUUCCAGUUUGUAGGUGUUAGUCUGAUGCAUGUGUACUGGGUGCAUUUCAGGAGCAUGUCAAGUCAUCGUGGUAACACAGGGCAGGGGCAGCCUGCUCAAGUUUGAGCCUGUCCCAGAAUGCACCAACUGUUCCGUCUAGUGCUGGGACAGAGAGACCUGUCCCGUGCAGGAGACCUCUUCUCUCUGGAUGACAGCGAGAUUGAAGACUGUCUGUCCCAAGCCCUGGAGGAAAUCAAAGUCAUAUCCUGUUCACCAGACUACUUGACCAAUGACAAUGACCAAGCGGUGGUGGAGAUCUGCAUCACACGCAUCACUACAGCUAUUAGGGAAACAGGUUCGAUUGAGAGGCACGGAGCAGCUCUGGUGUCACUAUGGGAGUCUUGUCUCGAGCAUAACCUCCAGCCGCAGGGCAAAGACGAAGACACACCCCAUGCCAAGAUCGCCUCCGACAUCACCAGCUGCAUCUUGCAGACCUUCAGACUGAUGGCAGAAGGUCUGGACUCCAUCUCAACUUUCAUUGGCCAAGAUCCACCCAAGAGGCCGUCUGAAAGACAUGUAAAGCAACCAGUCACGAAUGGGACAAGUAAUGCCAUGCUGUUGAGAGUGCUGCCAUCUGUGUAUCCACGACAACCAGAGCCCAUCCAUCAACACAUCCGUGAACUGACGGCGAUGAUGUCCCAGGUGGAUCAGGCCGGCAGACAGCACCUGCUCAGACUACUGCAGAUGAUCUCUGAGCAUCACCCCCUGGUAUUGUCGUCUUUGGUGCCAUCGUUGAUUGUUUACAUCAGUGAUAGUGAUCUCAGUGACACUGCCUUGAGUGUGUUGGUGAACGUGGCUCAGGCAAGCCCCGCCUCUCUCGUUCCUUUCCUGUCCACCCUAAGAAAUGUGGGUCAGAAGAACCCUUGGUUGUUGGGACACAUCGCUAAGAUCCAUGGGGCAGUGGGUCUGACUAGUGAGGUCCAGGCUCACGGGGCGCUGCAGUAUCUGGUGUCUCUGUUAGCAAGUAUGGAGCACAGUGCCCAUCACACACUACUGCUGGAAAUCCACUGCCUGACCGAUCGCUACACCUCCAUCCUGGGCGGCGGAGUAAAAGACAUCUACCGCAUGAGCAACAGUUUCACCGCCAUUGCGCGACUUUUGGGACGCAAGCUGGAGGCUGAGAGUACAUUUAGCAGAGAGGAGGAGAAGGUGCAGGAUUUGUCCAGGCCAUGUGAAGCCGAGUCUAGUUCGGACAUGUUUGCUGAGAACCAGCGUCUGCAGGUGAAGAUCCAGGCUUUCGAGCAGAAGAUGGGUGAUGAGGUGGAGGAGUUUGAGGAAGAGGGUGCUUCCCCUGGUCCUCAGAGACGCCAUAGUCUGGGUCAGGCAGCACGAGAUGAGCGCAGAGAGAUGAGGUUCAGCAGGUCAAAGAGUCUGGCUCUUCACGCUGUACGCACACGAUCCAUUAACUCUGACAGCAGUCCAGAGGGAGAAGGGCUGGAUCUGAGCACAGAACUCGGUGUCUGUGAGGCCAGUCCCAGCCCAGAGACCCGUCCUGCCCUCACGACCCUGCAGGAGAACCACAAACUCACAGAGACUCAGCCUGACACAUCUCCAAACAGUGAGGGCCAAAAGGUGGUGGUUGGAGACCCCCGGGAGGGAGAUAGACUCUGGAUCCACCUAAGAGACAACAUGGAAGAAAUCAAAACCUUCUGUGCGGAAAUGAUCAAACAAAUCCCCAUACCGGAGCACUGUGUCAUUGAAGACUCACAUCGUGGCUGUGUAGCUAAGCUGUCAUUCUCCUGUCCACUGAAAGGACACUACUGCCUGUACGGGAAGUCUUGUUUCUCGCUGUGUAGCCGCCAGCCACACCUCUGGAUCCAAAUCAUGCUACUGGCACUGCAGAGUAAAGUGAGCGAGGCGUUGUGCUGUCAGGAUGAGUGUGUUAAGCAGCUAAGGAAACUUUGGGAGAAAACACAGCUGACGGGAGCUCACAGCUUUGAACUGGCCAUGACCCAGGCAACUGUUCCUCACAAGAAGGAUGUGGACAGUUUGCAGAUGUAUCUGGAGGAGGUUCGUUUCUUUGACCUGUUCAGCUACAGUGAAGAGGAGGGUGGCUGGCUCUGUUUCAUGUGCAGUAACCCUGAGAAAGCCACAGUUGUUAACCAGGAUGGCCAGCCACUGAUUGAGGGGAAGCUGAAGGAGAAACAAGUACGCUGGAAGUUCAUCAAAAGGUGGAAAACGCGUUAUUUCACCCUCGCCGGCAACCAGCUUCUCUUCCGAAGAGGAAAAUCGAAGGACGAACUGGACAACAGCACAAUUGAACUUAGCAAAGUGCAAAGUCGGUGA